CGACCCUGCUGCAUCCCAGCGCUAUUUUGUCUUGCAUACUUUCGUGUCUAUCUCUGUCUCGAUUUACGUUUUGACGACAUCCACGUUACCAUGAAAUUAACAAACUUACUCUCGCUUCCACCUACCGUCAUUCUACUUUGCGCAUCUCCAAUCGUCGCCGAAUUAGUGCCCAAACAACAACAAUGGCCACACAAUCUUCCGAAUCACCUCAAGUACUUCCCCGAAGAUGAGAUGCAUGUGAAGCGAGGUCUGGAAGUGCAAGCUCGAAUGAUGAAAGAGCGGCCUAUUGGUGUAAAGAAAAUGAGCGGUGACGAAGGCGAAAUGUUCUUCUUGGACAAUUGGAUAUUUGCUCCAGAUCAUCAGAACGUCGAAAGACAGGUAGAUGAAGAGGAGCUUUCCAAUGUUACUAGCCAGAUUGCUUCGCCAUUGCGCCCACACUCUUCGGCCGAUUAUCACCUCCGAUUCCGUGUCCGCGAUGUGCUCAUGCAGCGCGACUUCAAAUGCCCUUCUGGGACGAACGAUUGCUCUUCUAUUGGCGCACCGGAUAGCUGUUGCGGAACAAGCCAGACCUGUAUAUCCAUUCAAGAUACGGGGACUGGUCCUGUCGGAUGUUGCAGCGAAGGUCAACAGUGUGAGGGCAGUAUUAGCUGUGACACUGCCAAUGGCUAUACGAGUUGCCCUAACAGUCCGAAUGGAGGGUGCUGUUUGCCCGGAUACAGUUGCCAGGAUGUUGGGUGUGUCAUUGCAGGAACGUCGGUAACCUAUGUCCAACCUUCCACCUCCUCCACUCGGUCUACAAGCAGUGCUCCACCACCUACCUCGGCAACCCCUACCCCCACUUCAACAUCAGCAUACACUUGCAGUACGGGAUGGUUCUCUUGUGCUGCUAGUCUAGGCGGAGGCUGUUGUCAAAAUGGGCGGACCUGUGCAACAGGAGCCUCCUGCGUAGGAUCCGAAACUUCCACAUCGACUUCAAGUGCAAGCUCUACAGCACCGCCCUCCGCACCUGUUCGACCUACUGGCGGGACCGACUCGAAUAGCCAGUCCACUUCUGGCUCACCAACCGAAUCCUUGUGCCCUACUGGUUUCUACGCUUGUCAAGCCUUCUAUCCUUCUGGAUGUUGCCGCAUCGGUCGAGACUGCCAGACUACAGGUUCUUGCAUUCUACCUACGCCUAGCAGUACGCUGGUCAACUCCAACGGAAUCACGAUAGUUGUGCCAAGCGGUGGCAGCUUUGCAACAACGGCACCAGGACAAGGGGGAAGCUGUCCCAGCGCGUGGUACAGCUGUCCCGCAUCCCGAGGAGGGAACUGCUGUCCCGAGGGUUAUAGCUGUGGAGAGCAAUGCACAGCCACCAGCGGGACUGGGGUGAGCGGAAAGGUGGCGCCCAGUCAGGCUGUGAUGCCUUCGGUAGGGUUGGUGUGGGGUUUCUUAUCUAGUGCUUUAGCUGUGGGGGUUGCUAUGAUUGUGCUUUAGCUUGAAGUUUGAAGCUGUAUCAUAUUUUUCACUUGUUUAUUCCUCUUCUUGGAUAAUGAAAUGUACAUAGUUCAUGAUCUCGUAUUACGUAUGCCAUCGAUUGGUUGCCCGCACGUUUUCCUGAACUUUCCGUUCGUUGGAGUACGAACAGAAGAGCCGGCCUCCAACGCAACACCAAAGGCUGAUGUGAUACCAAUAGAAGAAAACCGGCGUCCUGCUGAUGUGGAAGCCUAAAUGGCGGUGACUAGAAUGAGAUAAAACUUCACAAACUAGCUCAGCCUUACCCUUAAGAUUUGGCGACCAUGACGGUACAGCCUUGCAGAUUUGUAGAUCGAUGAUUAUGUUCAAAGAUGCAUCAUACAUUCCCGUGAAGGGCACCAAUCUCAAAGCCAAUGUACACAAAAAUAGAUAGCACUCGGUUGGAGUACAUGUUCGUGUUCUUAAUGAAACAGGGCGAAGCGAUUGCAGGACUGCGUAUUCCAGGCUGCGGGCGCGUGUGGAAGUGGCCAGCAGAUGCAUAUCGAUAUGUCUUGAUUGGAUCGAGUUAUCCCUCAAUUCGUUUGGCACCCUCUCACCUGACGAGUUCCCUGGUUUUCGACCAUGUUUCACUCCUCGCGACGGUCUGCAAAGCCAC